CCUUAUUCCUCCUACUUUAAUUAAAUACAACCACCAUGACCAACUUUGCCAACUUCAAUCAAAAACAUCAUCGUUUUUGUAGUUUUUUUCCACACAGUCUCAGAUUCCUGCUCCGUUUUGUGGCCUUCCAUGUCCACCCCUUCUUUAUUCAACUCUGUUAUUUUGGGAUACUUUCUCUGCUUGGUUACCUCGCUCUCAAGAACUCAAACCCAAGAACCCCCGUUAGACCAAAUGACCUUGACCUCUUUUACACCUCUGUUUCUGCUUCCACUGUUUCUAGCAUGGUGGCGGUGGAAAUGGAGGUUUUCUCCAAUUCUCAGCUCAUUCUCCUCACCUUUCUCAUGUUUGUUGGCGGGGAAGUUUUCAUUUCCAUGCUUGACCUUCUAUUUGCCAGGUAUAAAUUCAGAAACAGAGUUAGCACCAAUCACUUUCCACCCACACCAGAGAAGCCCCAAGUUCAUGACAACCAUGUUGAGCUCGGUUUAAUCUCUAUUCCUCAACCUCAAUCUGAAAACCAAAAACCUAGUCACACUAACGUUCCCUUUAAGGACACUGAUACACUUACGUAUAACUCUCUUACUUAUCUAACUCUCGUAGUUUUAGGUUACUUUGUGGUGGUUCAAUUGGUUGGCUUCAGUUUGGUGUCUAUGUACAUGACCUUAGUACCAAGUGCAAGACAAGUACUGAAAAACAAAGACAUUAAGAUUGCAACAUUUUCUUUGUUCACCAUAGUUUCCACUUUUGCCAGCUGUGGUUUUGUCCCAACCAACGAAAACAUGAUGGUUUUCAAGAAGAGUUCGGGGCUUCUCCUCCUUAUCCUACCACAUGUGUUUCUAGGUAACACCCUUUACCCUCCAUGUUUGAGGCUGGUGAUUAUGGGUCUAAGAAAGGUGAGCAGAAGAGAGGAAUUCUCGCACAUGCUGAAGAAUUUCAAAGACAUUGGCUAUGAUCAUAUGCUGUCUGGUCUUCAUUGUUGCUUCCUGGUUGCUACUGUUCUGUGUUUGAAUGUUAUACAGUUUGUGAUGUUUUGGUCGAUGGAGUGGAACACGAAAACUAUGGAGGGUUUGAAUUUUUACGAGAAAGUGGUGGGGUCGUUGUUCCAAGUUGCAAAUGCCCGACACGCUGGUGAGUCUGUGUUCGAUCUGUCUUCACUGUCUUCAGCCAUACUGGUGGUCUUCGUUGUGAUGAUGUACCUUCCGCCGUACACUUCAUUUUUACCUGUAAUGGAGGAGAAAAAUGAUGGCAAGAGAAAACGAAAAAGCGCAGUGGAGUGUGUUGUGUUUUCUCAACUCUCUUAUUUGGCGAUUUUCGUUAUUCUGGUUUGCAUCACUGAGAGCAGAAGCUUGAAAGAGGAUCCACUCAACUUUAACGUGCUCAACAUCACCCUCGAAGUCAUCAGUGCUUAUGGGAACGUAGGGUUCUCAACGGGAUACAGCUGCGCCAGGCGAUUGAAAGACGAUGGCACCUGCAGAGAUUCAUGGGUUGGGUUUUCUGGAAGAUGGAGUAACAAAGGAAAGUUCAUCCUUAUCUUGGUCAUGUUCUUUGGGAGGCUCAAGAAAUUCAACAUGAAAGGUGGCAAAGCGUGGCACCUCUCUUAGCUAAGUUUAUUCUCAAACACCUACACUGCAUGCAUGUAUGACUAAAACAUAGUUAGAAGUUGUUCCGUCCGGAAGCACUGGAAGAUGCAAAAUUAAUAUGUUGUCUCGGAAUAUCAUUGAUGUGAAUAUUUAUUAUUAGACUACAAUUUAUAUGGAUCUUAUUCCGGAGCAUAUAAUACUUUCUUUAUCUUAUCAACGAUUUUAAAAUGGGUCAAAUGUAAAGCAUAUAUCUGCAUAUGAAAUAGACCCUUUUUUGUCUUAUCUCGUCCAAAUGUGAUUAUAUAUAAAGCUAAAAAAUAGUUAGAUUUGGAAUCUUAGCAUUUUAACUUAAGAUCCAUAUGAAAUGAUAUGAAAUGAAAUCUACUAUUCGAAUCAUUGACGAUUUAUUUGAAUAUAAGUCUUAAAUUAAAUCAAAAUAAAAAAGUUAAAUAGUGUAUAAUGAAAAAGAUUCGUUAAGUCGAAAACGAUUGUUGAUAUCUAACAUAGAUAUAGAUCAGACUCGUAUCUUACUAAUA